AUGGCUAACAAGGCCACUGACCCUCCCAUGAAGGAUUCUCAAGAUGUUGAAAGUCUGAGUGAACUUCUCGACGAUGCCUUGAAAGGAUUUACAGAGCGGCCACGAACUACUGAUGAUGAGCUCGAUGAAAUCAUGGCUGAGCAGGACCAAGCUGCAGCUCAAAAAGCUGCUGGAGACUUCCAAGCUAUGCUCCAACAGAUGGUGAAAGUUCAAGAGGAAGCUCUGCGUAAGGCGGAAGAGUCCGACCAACGUCUACCCGAAUGCGUAUCUCUUCCAUUUUCCUUCGCUGCAUACGCUGCGUCAAACCCUCAACUUUUUCUUUUCUGGAUUGCUAAUGCCACUUCUCAUGAUGAUUUCAUUGCUGGACUCGAUAUGCUCAAAUCACCGGACUCUCCAAUGGAACCUGUUAUGUCCAUUAUCCUCCAGACUUUGGCGUCUAAGGCAGUUAUGUAUCCUCCUCUGAAAGAAAUCCAUGACAACUAUCCAAGAUUUUUUGCUGAACAUGGCGCAUCUCUUGAUUGUGAAACCAGACAGCGAUAUGAAAAGCAGUAUGAGAUUCUUGGAAAAAUUUGUCGUGAAUUCGAAAAUCAACCAGAUGAUGAUGAUUCGCAAGAUUUUGCGCGAUGUUCUAAUGGCUCCGUGGAAGACAAGGGUGAUAUGGCCAGCAAUCCUUCGCAGGUGUCCAACUUUGAAGUUCUUGGAAAAUUGCUUGUUGAAUUACAAUCUUAUGGUUAUCCUCCAAAGGAGUUAACAGGAGAGCUUCCUGCUGGUUGGGCAGUCGAUGACAGUACUGGCCUGCCAAAGAUCAAUGAUGUUUCAGCUGCUGCAAAUGCUUGUACAUUGAUGUGA